UGACACUCCCGCGAUUUCUCGUUUAAUUAAGCUCCUACGCAUAACCAGACGAAGCUCAUUGCAUUCUCAAAUCUCAAUGACAAGAAAGAAGCAAAACCCUCCAAUCCCCAAGCCCUAAAGCCCGGGAUAAACACACAAAGAAUACAGAUUCAUCGAUUGGCUCUUCUAGAAGCUACAAUUCAACAAUGUUUUACAGAGGAAGGUAUUUUGAUAGUGGUGAUCCCAGGGAAAUGGGGCUGAAAAGGCAGCGCAUAAUGGAUGAGGGAUCUUCUUAUUAUUCGAUUCCGCCAGUUUCAAAUUAUACUUACAACCCUCCUCCUCCCCUUCCCCCGGAUCACCCGUAUAUUGGCAAGCCUCCAGCUUUCCCUGUUGUACGACUUCGUGGCCUCCCAUUUGGUUGCACGGAGCGUCAGAUUGCAGAUUUCUUGCACGGUUUGGAUGUAGUUGAUGUGGUGCUUGUUCACAAGGGCGGUAAGUUUACUGGAGAAGCUUAUUGUGUUCUUGGAUACUCACUUCAAGUCGAUUUUGCUCUUCAGAGGAACAUGCAGAACAUGGGUAAAAGAUAUGUUGAGGUUUUCAAAAGUGAGAAGAAGGAAUAUUAUAGGGCUGUAGCAAAUGAAUUCUCGGAUGCUCGUAGAGUUUCAGUUCCAAAGGCAAGGCCUUCUGAAGACGGGAGGGACUUUACUCGUAGUGGUUCGAUUCUGAGGGCAAGGCCUUCUGAAGAUGGGAAGGACUUGGAAGAACAUACAGGAGUGCUACGCUUGAGGGGUCUGCCAUUCUCUGCUAGCAAGGAAGAUAUUAUAAAAUUCUUCAAGGAUUUUUCUCUUUCAGAAAACUCGAUUCACUUAACUGCCAAUUCAGCAGGGAAGGCAACCGGGGAAGCAUUUGUUGAGUUCUCAAAUGCAGAAGACUCAAAAGCUGCAAUGGCUAAGGAUAUGAUGACAAUAGGGAGUCGGUAUAUUGAGCUUUUCCUUUCAUCUCGCGAGGUAUUGGAGGAAGCGGUUUCAAGGGGCAGAUUAUUGGAUAAACAAUCUGACGAUCAGGACCUGACUGAAGGAACAUGUGUAUUGCGAAUGAGGGGGCUACCGUAUUCAGCAGCCAACGACGAUAUCAAAACUUUUUUCAAAGAGUUUGUUUUGUCAGACAAGUCCAUUCAUAUCAAGUUUAAAUUCAAAAGGAGGCCUACCGGAGAAGGAUUCGUGGAGUUUGCUAAUCCCGAGGAUGCCAAGGCCGCGCUGGCCAAGGAUAGGAUGACGCUUGGGAGUCGGUAUAUAGAGCUUUUCCCUUCAUCGCUCGAGGAGUUGAACGAGGCUGUUUCGAGGGUGCAAUGACACAACUUUUAGCUCUUUUUGGCACAAUUUGACUUGAUGAAUAUUGGGUAGAAUGUAGCAGGGGGAUUUGCUCUCUUUUUGUUUUCCCUCUCAAUUCAAGUGAUAUGAAGUUUUGAUCUUUGCUGUCUUGAUGGCUUUUUGAAUGUACAUAUAUGGCAUG